GCAUCAGGGCGCCGCUCGCAGAUAUAGGUCCGGGCUGGAGGGAACGUCCCCGGCUGGGAGGAGCCAGCGGCUCCGCCGCUGUAAACAGUGCGGGCACCGCCAGCGGUUGGGAGAUGGAUAUAAAAAGGGAGGCGGAGGGGAGGCAGCCGGAGCGGCGGAGCAGGAGCUGCCUGCGCCUGCCUGGCCCUGCCUGCCUGCCCCGCCAGGUGCCCGCAGCCCGGGCCGGCAGCUCCAGAGGCUGCGGCAGAGCCCACGGUCGGCGCUGUCGGGACAGUUAUCCAUACAGAGAGUUGAAAAUCCUGAAGAAUGGCUCUACAUACCUCCAAGUAUCUGGCUGGAAGUUUGGGGUUUUUUCUGUUUGUAGUCUCUUCAGUAAGCACAGCAGCAGCUGCUGUCACAUGUCCUGACAGAGAUCCUGAGUUAGAAAUCUGGAACCCAGGCCAGGACGAGGAAAACCGCGUUGAGAUCCGCAGUGGCAGGAAGCUGCUCCUCUCUUCUUCUGCCACUGUCCACUCUAUCCACAUCACUGAUGGAGGGAAACUGGUCAUCAAAGAUGAUGUGCAGCCCAUCAUCCUGCGUACAAGACACAUACUGAUUGAAAAUGAUGGAGAGUUGCACAUUGGCAGUGAGCUGUGCCCUUACCAAGGCAAUGUGGUUAUCAUCUUAUAUGGGCGAGCGGAUGACGGCAGCCAGCCAAACCCCUACUUUGGGCAGAAGUACAUUGGAGUCAGCAAAGGUGGCACUCUGGAGAUCCAUGGAAAGAAAAAGCUGUCCUGGACUUUCCUAAACAAGACUCUUCAUCCUGGUGGCAUGGAAGAAGGUGGCUAUUACUUUGAGAGGAGCUGGGGCCACCGGGGUGUCAUUGUCCACGUCAUUGACCCAAGGACGGGGGCAGUUGUGCACUCGGACCGGUUUGAUACCUACAGAGCAAAAGAGGAAAGUGUCCGCCUGGCUCAGUAUUUGGGUAAAGUUGCAAAUGGCAUGAUCCUGUCGGUCGCAGUGAAUGAUGAAGGAUCCAGAAACUUGGAUGACUUGGCCAGGAAAGCAAUGACCAAGCUGGGCAGCAAGCAUUUCCUCCACCUUGGGUUUAGGCACCCAUGGAGUUUUAUUACCAUUAAAGGAAAUCCCUCCUCUUCUGUUGAAGACCACAUUGAAUAUCAAGGUCACAAAGGGUCAGCUGUGGCCAAAGUAUUCAAACUAUUCAAAGCUGAGAAUGGAGAACAUUUUAACGUCUCUUCAACGAGCGAGUGGGUUCAAGAUGUAGAAUGGACAGAGUGGUUUGAGAAGCCUGACAAAGCGAGAUCCAAGGACAUGGAGAAGCUGUCUGACUUCAAAGCUGCUCAUCCUGACAAAAUCUGCAGGCAGCCCAUUGACAUCCAGGCAGUGACACUCGAUGGAGCAGAUCUAACCACCGAGGUUUUCUACAAGGGCGGCCACGAUUACCAAUUCCUGUGCCACGGCAAGCACCAGACAGGAGAGGGCUGCCACAACUACAGAGUGAGGUUCCUGUGUGGCAAAUCUGUGAAGCCAAAGCUCACGGUAACUGUUGACACCAACGUGAACAGCACGAUCCUGAACCUGGCGGAUGAUGUGAGCUCCUGGGAGCCUGGGGACAGGCUGGUGGUGGCAAGCACUGACUACUCCAUGUACCAGGCAGAGGAGUUCCAGGUGCUGCCCUGCAGAACCUGCAGGCCCACCCAGGUCAAGGUAGCAGGGAAAGCCAGGUUCCUGCACGUGGGGGAGGAGGUGGACGGCGUGGACAUGCGGGCAGAGGUGGGGCUGCUGAGCCGCAACGUGGCGGUGGCGGGCGAGAUGGAGCCGCGCUGCUACGAGUACAGCAGCCAGCUCUGCUCCUUCUUCCCCUUCGACACCUUCGGCGGCCACAUCAAGAUUGGUCUUGGUUUUAAGGCUACCCACAUUGAAGGUCUAGAGCUGAAACACAUGGGCCAGCAGACAAUGGGGCAUUACCCAAUUCACUUCCAUAUGGCUGGAGACGUGGAUGAGAAAGGAGGCUACAACCCUCCCACGUAUGUGAAGGAAACCUCCAUCCACAACACCUUCUCCCGCUGUGUCACAGUCCAUGGAUCCAAUGGUUUACUGGUGAAGGAUGUGGUGGGUUAUGACGCUCUGGGCCAUUGUUUUUUCACGGAGGAUGGACCAGAGGAGAGGAACACGUUUGAGCACUGCCUGGGGCUGCUGGUGAAACCCAGCACGCUGCUCCCCUCGGACCGCGACAGCAGGAUGUGCAAGCUCAUCACCGAGGGAGCCUACCCAGGCUACAUCCCCAAGCCCAGGCAGGACUGCAGUGCUGUAUCCACCUUCUGGAUAGCCAACCCACACAACAACCUUAUAAACUGUGCAGCUGCUGGAUCUGAAGAAACAGGAUUUUGGUUUGUGCUGCACCACGUGCCGACAGGCCCCUCGGCAGGCAUGUACUCCCCUGGCUACUCCGAGCACAUGCCGAUGGGGAAAUUCUCCAACAACCGCGCGCAUUCCAACUACCGGGCUGGAAUGAUCAUUGAUAAUGGUGUCAAAACCACCCCAGCCUCUGCCAAGGACAAAAGACCUAUCCUGACACUGAUUUCUGGGAGGUACAGCCCCCACAAGGAUGCUGAUCCUCUGAAGCCCAGGGAACCUGCGAUAAUCGAGCGCUUCAUUGCCUACAAGAACCAGGACCACGGGGCCUGGCUGCGGGGUGGAGACGUGUGGCUGGACAACUGCCAGUUUGCUGACAAUGGCAUUGGACUGACCCUGGCCAGUGGUGGGACCUUCCCUCACGAUGAUGGCUCCAAGCAGGAGAUCAAGAACAGCCUGUUUGUUGGCGAGAGUGGGAACCUGGGCACGGAGACGAUGGACAAUGAGAUCUGGGGCCCUGGGGGUCUGGACCACAGGGGCAGGACGCUGCCCAUCGGCCCGGAUUUUCCCAUCCGGGGGAUCCAGUUCUACGACGGGCCCAUCAACGUGCAGAACUGCACGUUCCGCAAGUUCGCGGCGCUGGACGGGCGGCACACGAGCGCGCUCGCCUUCCGCCUCAACAACGCCUGGCAGAGCUGCCCCAACAACAACGUCACCAGCAUCCACUUCCAGGAUGUCCCCAUUACUUCAAGAGUCUUCUUUGGAGAGCCCGGCCCGUGGUUCAAUGAUCUGGAUAUGGAUGGUGACAAAACAUCAGUUUUUCAUGAUGUGGAUGGUUCUGUGUCAGAAUAUCCAGGCUCAUACCUGAUCAAGGAGGAUAACUGGCUCAUCAAACACCCCGACUGCAUCGACGUGCCCGACUGGAGAGGCUCCAUCUGCAGCGGGCACUUUGCUCAGAUAUACAUCCAAGCCUACAAGCCAGCCAACCUGAAAAUGAAAAUAAUAAAAAACGACUACCACAACCACCCACUCUACUUGGAAGGGGCUUUGAGCAAAAGCACUCAUUACCAGCAGUAUCAGCCAGUUAUAACUCUGAGGAAAGGCUACACCAUCCACUGGGACAGGACAGCCCCUGAAGAGCUGGCCAUAUGGCUCAUCAACUUCAACAAAAAUGACUGGAUCCAAGUAGGGUUUUGCUAUCCUAAAGGGACAACGUUUUCCAUUCUCUCAGACAUCCACAACCGUCUCUUGAAGAAAACAUACAAAACUGGGACCUUCUACAGAACCUCCCAGAUGGAGAAACUGGAGCACAGAUAUCCUAGCAAAGGCUACUACUACUGGGAUGAGGACACUGGGCUGCUCUUCCUGAAACUCAAAGCUCAAAAUGAGAAGGAGAAAUUUGCUUUCUGCUCUGUAAAGGGCUGUGAACGAAUAAGAAUCAAGGCUGUGAUCCCAAAGACAGCUGGUGUCAGUGACUGCGAAGCCACAGCUUAUCCCAAGUACAUUGAGACACCAAUAGUGGAAGUGCCAAUGCCAAAGAAGCUCUCCAGUGCACAACUGAAGACCAAGGACCACCUAAUUGAAGUGAAAAUAGAAACUUACAAGAAGCAGUACUUCCACCUGAGGGAUGACUUUGCAUACAUUGAGGUGGAGGGUGUCAGGUUUUUCCUGACUGAAGAGGGUAUCCAGCUGGUUGUGAUUGACGGACACCAUGGAAAAGUUGUUGAUCGAGUAACAUUCAAAAACUCCAUUCUGCAAGGAAUCCCAGCACAGAUAGAGAAUUAUGUCAACAACAUCAAAGAUCACUCCAUCGUGCUGGUGACAUCUAAAGGAAGAUUAAUUUCAAGAGGACCAUGGACUAAAGUACUGGAGAAACUUGGAGCAGGAGAGGGUUUUAGGUUAAAAGACAAAGUGGCUUUCGUGGGCUUCAGGGGCGGCUUCCGCCCCGCCUGGGUGCGGCUGGUCACCAGCCAGGACUCGGCCAAAAUCUACCAAGCGCUGCCCAUUCCUGUGGUGAGGAAGAUGAAGCUGUGAGGACACCCUGCUGUGCCUGCUGGCCGCCAGCGCUGCCCCGCGGGACGGACGGACGGACGGACGGACGGACGGACGGACGGACUGCUGGCCGCCUGCGCCGCCGCUGCAGCAUCGUGUUGUUGUUGUCACAAAGAAACCUCACUGUAAGUAGCUGGAGUGCCCCUGUGCCAGGAGGGCUCUUCCCUCCGUGCCCUGUGGCCGGUGGGCGCUCUGAGCCGGCAGCCCCGCCUGGCCGGACCCACCAGGGCUGGGCUGCUCCUCCCGGGCUGCCUGGUCAGCUCCUGCCACGCACUGAUGGCAGGGCUGCCUCUUGAAGGGUUCUGGGGCUGAAGCUCUUGCUCUGAAGACCAUCAAGGAUUGUUGUUCUACCAGCCUCUAAGUUGUCUGAAGACUUUUUCUUUUCCGUGGUGUGACUAGCUGCUCACGCAGACGUGGUUGCCAGCUCAAAGACUGCUUGGCAAUCUGGGGUAGAAAGAGUGGAUCUGAGUGAUUUCCUGGAUGCUGGGACAGUAAGCACUUCUCCUAAAGCUUCUGUGGGGUUUGAUCAAGCUCUUUGGGGUGUGUGUUGUACAUGCAGCCCAUGGCACAUAGUUGGGGAAGAAAUGACAGAAGGAGUGGACAAAACAUGCAGCAGAGACUGAUGGAACCACCUAUUUCUGCUUCCUCAGAAAACUGUGUUUUUCCUAUGGAUCAAGGAGGUUGUGCAAAUAGGAAAUUUUCCAUCAACAAGCAGCUGCAGGCUAGAAGGAGAGCAAUGUCAAUUAGCACAUGAAUUUUCUCAGCCUUUCCCAUUCAGCCCUUCCCUCUGUAUAAGAACAUUCAGGAUCAGUUUAUGGUUAAAGCCAUCCCAAUUCAAGACUUCCAAUUUUUGACCAGGAACACUGGGACUUAUCUUAUUCAACAUCAAAUAGAGUCAGCUGCCCUUGCCCUUCCCAGGAUAUCAGAGGGAACAGGAUCAGACUGCUUUGCUGUACUGCUUUCUGAUCUUGUCCUCAGGCUUCAGAUAUUAUGUCUUGGUCCUCCUGUAGGAGUUACAUGAGACCUGGAUGAGGUCUUUCCAGGUGGCUGAAGAGCUAAAGUGGGAAGCCCAAUGCACUAGUUGGAUGUCUUGUACCUCCUUUCCCUAUUUAAACCAGUAGCUGGGCACUGAAGGCAGAUCAGAGUGAAUCAGGACUUUACAGUCUCUUGAAGCUGGGAAAUUAAACAUAAUCUUGUAAAACACUGAAAGCAUUUCUAGUGUUCAGUGAUAAUUCUGUCAGUUGCCCAGAAAUACCACAAAGGCGUUUCUGGAGGCUGUGGCUGUUCUAAGAAAUCUAAGGGCAGGGGGGAAGUGUGAAAGACACCAUGACAAGAUUUUUAAAGAAUGUCAAUCUUGCCAGUAAGACUUGGGUUUGUUUCCCCACUUUAUCUCUGCCUGUCCCCACUGCCACAUAAAUUAUUCCAGUUGCUGAUGGCUACUUUGUUUAUGUAAUUAAGUUGUUCUUUUCCCCAGCACAGUAUCAAAAAUGCUACCUUGAAGUUAGACUAAAAAGCAAAGAUUUUGUGUGUCAUUCCAAGGGCUGGGCAGAUGCUGGUUUAAAUCAGUUGCUCUGAAUGUCAAAGCAAGCGUGAACAAAAUUACAUAGUACUGUAGGUUACAUUCCCCUCAAGCCUCUCCUGGGUUUUGAAACUGGAAAUGUUCUUUUCAGACUUACUACAAAAUCAUUUUGAAUUCACUGAAUGUGUGUAUUGUAUUUAAAAUUAAAAAAAAAAAAAAAAAGAAAAAAGAAGAAGAGUCAAGCGUUCCCUCCCAGCUUCCCAACAGGAGUCUGGUAGUGGAUGAUCCUUGGGCAUUUGAGCCAUUUACAGAGUGAAUGGGCAACAUUUGUGAAAGGGAAAUAAGGUGGGUUGUUUAUUCCCCAAAAUUAUGAUAGUUUGGGAAAUUAUUCCGUGGGAGAGUCAGUCUCACUGGUGUUUCAACCAUGAUCAUCCAAAAGGUUUAUCUGAUGUCCUGUGAUGGCCAGAAGAGUGCCAGAUCCAUGAAGUCAAGGGAAGGGGCUAGCAGGAAUUCCCUUGGGUCUGUCAGUUUGGGCUGUCUGAGCCUUUUCCUGAGCCAGUGCUGUUGAUGCCAUUGCAGCAGGGUUGGUGGAACACACUGCUCCCAGGAGCUGGACAAAGCAGGAGCAUUUCCUUCAUGAGCACUUAGCAGAUGGUGGGCAGGAAAGCCAGGCUUGGGGUGUGGGAAUUGGCUUUGUACAAGCCCCAGUGCUGGGUUGCCCACUGCAGUGCUCCUCUGGCCACAGCCAUUCCCCUCUCCUGCUCCCUCUAAGUGUGCAAACACCCAGGAGCAUCCCACAUGCCUUGUUCAGCUUCUAGGAGCAUGCUGCCUCUGUGCUGAAGUGUAGCUUCUGAUUUUACUGUUUGGGGAAUUCUCAGGGUGAUAAUACCAGACUUGGCUCCAGGAAAAACCUUUUCCUUUUCUAAAAGAGCUCACCUUAUUAAGAGAGAAGACUUGAGCAGCUUGUCCUGUGGUGUGGGUUUGUCACAUGGGGCUGUUUGGGAGCUGGGGAGGGUCUGUGCUGUGCAGGGAAUCACUGCAGGCUGCCCAGGGAGAGCAGAGUGUGCAGGGACAGGGAAAUGCCCAGGGCUCCUGCUGACCUGCAGGGCCUGGAGCCAUCCCUGAGUCCUCUGGAGACAGAAUGGAGCUGGUGCCGUGGCCAGUCAGCAAGAGCUUGGUGCCAAAUGAUUCCAGUUCAGUGUCUGGCUGCUGCAGAAGCUGCAGUGCACCCUCUGAGCAGUGAACUGCUCACCCCCUGCCCACCCCACAGCCCUGCAGAGCUGCAGUGACCCUCUCUGCAAGGUUUCAUUUCUGCAGAUGUUUCCAUGUUUGCCUACACAGUUGCCAUUGGUGGAGUGAGGUUGUUUUGAUUGCAUUUUGUUUGUUUGUCUCUCUGUUUGUUCGGGUGUUUGGGUUUUAUUCCUCUGUUCAGUUGCUUGUUUUACCUGUUGCCGAAACAGCUGGUCCUUUUUCGGAGUUAGAUGUUUGUACAUUUUCUUAUAGACUUUCCAAUGAAAAAAAAAAAAUAUAUAUUUUCUAUUAAUUUAUUACAAUGGCACUAAGACAACUAAAUUGCAGACAUAUGAAGCAUUUUUACUGCAGUUGAGCAUUGUCCAGUUUGUUAAGGAGGUUGGCAAUGUGUCUUCUCUGAUAAUCUGCUUUGCACUUGAAAGCUCUCUAUGUCCACAGACCGUGGUGGUGCAUUGACUGUCUGGUUUAUGAUGACAAGAGCUCUUGGGACGUUGUUUCCAAAAGAUUGUGGCUUACAACUGAAAUAACACGUAGUUGUUUGGAGUACACAAUGUUUAUCAAAAUAAAUAUUCAGUGCAAAUUUCUUA